AUGACCGCGCCUUGCGGCCUGCGCUGGAGCGGUGUCUCUCUCCGAGACCGCAGGCGAGACCGCCAGAGCCUGCUGCUGGCGGGCGGCGCCGCCCGCAGACACUUCUGGUUUGGCUUCGGCGGCGGGGACGGCGGGGACGGCGGGGGCGGCAAGCCGAGCGGGACCGGCGGCGCGGCCGGGAGCAAGGGGCUUGCGGCUCGCCGCUGCGCGCCCAGGGCGCGGGCGAGGCCGUCGCCGCCGAGGCGCCGUCGGGCGAGGCCGCCGCGGCCGAGAGCGCCGUGGUGCCCGCGUCCAGGGGCGGCCACGGCGGCGGGCUCAUGCGCGAGGGCGGCCCGCUGCUGGAGAGCCGCGCUACCUGGGCCUGCCGCUGCCGCGGCGGCCGCUGUUCCCAGGACAGCAGCAGCUCGUCACGGUCACGCACCCAGAGGUGAUCAAGGACCUGCAGAAGCUGUUCAAGAGGGGCAAGCCGCCCAUCUCGAAGAAGAACACACCGCGUCCCCCGGCGACGCCGCGGAGGACGCGGCCGAGGGCGCCGAGGACGCCGCGGCGACCCACCGGGCCCUGGAGGACUUCAGCCAGAGCAGCCCGCUGGAGGUGCUGCACCGCGUUGGCACGCGCGCCCGCAUCUGGCAGGCCGCGCCCUUCCAGAGGCCGUCGGGCGCCACGGAGGGGCUCCAGCUGCUCCUGCACGGCAUCGACGUGGUGAGGCUGGACGAGGUCCUGGACGUCGGCCCGCCGCUGUCCGUGCAGGUCUCCCUGGCCGAGCCCGGGGAGGACCUCGGGGAUGUGGACAAGCUCACGCUGAAGGCGUAUGUCAACGAGGCCAUGCACACGAUCCGCGAGAUCACGAAAAUCAACCCUCAGUUCCGAGAGCAUGCCACGAUCAUCAACCAGGGGCUGGAGCGCAUAGAGUCGACCGACCCGACAGCGGUUGCUUAUUUUGGCGCCUCGUUGAGCAACGCGCUGGGCUCCGAGCAGGUGGAGGUCCUCGAGGCGGAAACGGCGAAGGAGAAGCUGCAGCUCGCCCUUGUGCUCCUGAAGAAGGAGCUGGAGAUGUCCCAGCUGCAGCACAAGAUCAGCAAGAAGAUCGACGAGGAGAUGGGCGGCACCCAGCGGAAGUUCAUGUUGAGGGAGCAGCUCAAGCAGUUGAAGAAAGAGUUAGGCGAGGACAAAAGCGACGGCACCGACAAGCUGGUGGCGAAAUUCAAGAGCAACCUGGAGGGCAAGGAGCUGCCCAAGGAGGCGAAGGAGGCCAUCGACACGGAGAUGGAGAAGUUCUCAAACCUCGCGAAGGAGUCACAGGAGUAUCAGAUGACCCGGAACUACCUCGACUGGCUGACGAUGGACCACCACGGCCUCAAGGAGGUGAAGGACCGCAUCCUCGAGCUCAUCGCGGUCGGCGCCCUGCGGGGCUCUGUGCAGGGGAAGAUUGUCUGCUUUGUGGGCCCGCCGGGUGUGGGCAAGACGUCCAUCGGCCGCUCCAUCGCGGAGGCGCUCGGCCGCGAGUUCUACCGCUUCAGCGUAGGUGGCCUCUACGACGUCGCAGAGAUCAAGGGCCACAGGCGCACGUACGUGGGUGCCAUGCCGGGGAAGAUCAUCCAGUGCCUGAAGAAGGUUCAGACGGCCAACCCGCUGGUGCUGAUCGAUGAGAUCGACAAGCUGGGCCGCGGACACCAGGGCGACCCCGCAUCCGCGCUGCUGGAGCUGCUGGACCCCUCGCAGAACGGCUCCUUCCUCGACCAUUACCUUGACGUUCCGGUGGACUGCAGCAAGAUCCUCUUCGUCUGCACGGCCAACGUCACGGACACUAUACCAGGCCCGCUCUUGGACCGCAUGGAGGUGAUCAGGCUGUCCGGGUACGACCUCCAGGAGAGGCUCAAGAUCGCGGAGGACUACCUGGUGCCCAGCGCCAUGCGGGAGGCCGGCCUCUGGCCGGCGGCCGCCGCCGAGGAGGCGCCGAGGCGCCCUCCCGACGAGGCGGCGCCCGCCGCCGCUCCGGAGGAGGCUGGGGUGCGCCCAGCGCCCGCUGACGGGGCGCCCGCUGGCCCCGAGGAGGCGGCCGCCGUCGCGCCGCCGGCCGCCGAGGCGGCGGAGGCCAGCGCCGCGGAGGCGCCGGCGCACGCGGAGCCGAACGCCGUGAAGGCACUGGCUCCACGUGCUUCCCAAGAUGUCCAUAGAGCGGGACGCGGUGGAUGCCCUCAUCCGCUGGUAUUGCCGGGAGUCCGGGGUGAGGAACCUGCAGAAGCACGUGGAGAAGAUAUGCCGGAAGCUGGCCAUCAGGGUCGUGGAGAGGAACGAGGCGACGCUCUCCUCGGAGAGCAGCGGGGAGGAGGCCGCCCAUCAGGGCCGCGGGGAGGAGCGCCGCAGCGAUGGCGACGGCGCAGAGGGGGAGCUGCGGGUGACGGCGGAGAACCUGAGCGACUACGUCGGAAAGCCCGUCUUCACGACCGUCUCUACGACGGGGAGCUGCCCGCGGGCACGGUGACGGGCCUGGCCUGGACGUCCAUGGGCGGGGCGGUGCUCUACGUCGAAGCCGCCGCACUGCCGCGGUCCGGGGACGCGAAGGUCCCGCCGUCGGUGAACGUCACCGGCCAGCUCGGGAGCGUGAUGAAGGAGAGUCCUCGCAGGUCUCGCUCCUGGUGGCGCGGCGGGAGGCCGCCCGGCGCCUGCCGGGCGAGGGCGCCGCCUUCUUCGAGAGGCACGAGAUCCACCUGCACUGCCCGGAGGGCGCCACGCCGAAGGACGGGCCCUCCGCGGGCGUCACUAUGUCCACCGCGCUGCUGUCGCUGGCGCUUGGCCGCCCCGCGCGUGCCGACCUGGCCAUGA